GCGCUCGCCAAACAGUCGUUGUGCGUGAGUGUAGUUGUUAUUCUUCCUUUCUAUACGCGGAGCGUGUUUCAAGCUCGUGGGUGUUUUGUUGUUGUUGUUGCUUUUUCAACAGUUGGUUUUUUAUCAUUACCUCAAAAAAACAAAAGCUGUACGAACGCCUUUGGAGGCGACCAAUUCGGGCAAAGAAAGCAGGGGAACAAGAAGGAUCUCUUCCUUGAUCAAAUCGGGUUGUAUUGCAGCAAGUUACACCCCAGCCUGUUUUGUUGGGCAUCAAGGGAGCACACUCGUAUCGAAAACGCGUAGCUCGGCAUCAACAAGAUGGCAAAGCACCGUCUCGUGUCUCUCCUCGUGCGCUUCUCUGCUGUGGCGGCGGUAGCGGCACUGUUACUCAGCAGCGUCAGAGCUGCUUUGAAGGUGGGGCACUCGCUUUUCCACAGCUCCAGUGAAGUCGUCGACAUCACCGAUUUGAAUCUGCGCAGCCUGCACCCCUCCGCAGGGCUCUGCCCGUGGAUCCUGGUCGCCUACUCUGACGGCUGCGGGCACUGCCGCAGCGCGGCCCCGUUGAUAAUCCGCCACGCACAGAAAACCUUCCAAGCCUCCGAGGACGCUAUACACGAGGUGACGGUGGCGGCACUGAAUUGCCAGGUGAACACGCAGGCGUGCCACGACCUCGGCGUCCUCGGGGUGCCGUCGUUUUUCCUCUUCACACCCGACUCGCUUGAGGCGAAGGCACCGACGCUGACGCCGCUGACGUUGAACUCGUCGGCCAUCGCGGCGUCCACGGCGGAGAAGCCUGCGCCGCAACGGCUGCUGCGCUUCGACAUCGGCCACGGCAGCGGUGUCGACCCACACUUUGACUUCGCCCGCAGUACCUGGGGCUCUAUGACAACGGGAACGUGGAGCGCGAAUAACCGCGAGCGGUGCCUGGACAUGCGUAGCUUCCUGCGCCACUCGAAGCAGAACGACUUGCACAACACCGCCCCGGAUGAGGCGAAGCACGACGGCGCCGUUUUCACGGAGGAUACGGAAUUUCACAUCGUCGAUGUCGCGAACGCCCUCUUCUACACACUCUAUCACGAGGUCGCGCUGGUGGGGUUGGACUCGGCGGAGCGGCGCUACGCACUGUACCGUUUUCUGGGUGCGGUGCAGCGGCGAUUGCCUGGACUGGGCGCCGACACGCUGCUGUACGAGAUGGCCAACCACAGGAAUUCCAACGGCAAGCCGGCGGACCCGGCCGACUUCGCCUCCUUCACGGUGGCGGACUGGCAGAAGCUGGUGCUGAGUGCGGGGAUUCCUUUUCAAGGCACCCCGCGUGAUCUUGCGUGGAAGACGUGCAAAGGCUCCUCGUGGCGCUACCGCGGCUUUCCGUGUGGGCUGUGGCUGCUCUACCACACCCUUUCGGCCAACGCGGAAGACGGCCACACGGCUGUGGCGGCGACGGCGGCGGCGGAUGGUACGGUCAGCAAUAAGGAUAACACUGAGGUACUCUUCAUUAUUAAAGGCUACGUGCGCAACUUUUUCUCGUGCGAAGUGUGUCGGCGCAACUUCAUGCGGUUUGAGCCGAACCGCGAGGAGGACCCCGUGUGGCAGAUGUGGAAGGUGCACAACGUAGUUAACUAUCACCUCGCCAAUGUGACGGAAGGCGUCGAUCCUCUCGUGCCGAAGCGGCAGUUUCCGACGAAGGAGAUGUGCCCGCUGUGCUACCGCUACGUGGAUGUCCCCACGACGAACCCGGAAAGCAAGUACGUGGCGACGGAGGUGGUUAAGUUUCUUCGCCGGCGCUAUCGGUGGAUUCCGAGCAGCCUGCACACGCCGACCGGCACCACAAGCAUCGGCCCCCACGCCGCGGCGGAUGGGAGAGCCGACGGAGGUGCAGCGGAUCUCGCGCCGAAGAUGCCGUUGAGCGUGAACAUAUUUCUCUCGAUGGCCGUCGUGGUGGUGGUAGUGGUCUUGGCGAUGCGGCAUGUGCUGCGCCGCGCUAAAGCUGCGAGGGUCAAGGGGCGGCGUGCGAUUCUUCCUCUGCGCAUGCCACUGUAA